AAUCCAUACAUAAUAUAAUAUUUUAUUCAAAAGAGACACACGAAUACGCCUCCAUACACCACGCUGUUACAAAUACAUAUUGUUAUAAAUAUUUUUUGUUUUUCUCCUACUCUGCGCUGUCACAUUCUAAUAAUAAUUUCUCGAAUUCUUAUCGUCGCUAACUGGUUAGCACGUCAAUAGAAUUUUAAUUAAAGAAAAUAAUGAACUUUUCCGAUACUUAAUUAUCACCACUUCGUUCACGACUUGCAAAAUACAAAGCCCCAGGAAACUUUCGAAGGGUAGGUGAGGUCAUUGCGGAUCUCGCAGAACGACGAACGCCGAACGCAACGCUCUGCUUUCGUUACGUAGGCAGCAGACGACGUGUUAGUCAAUCGCUUUGGAUAUCAUUUCGUUUACACCGCGUUUUGCAAACGGAGUGAUUGUUCCAAAUUCAAUUUUGCUCAUCAGCCGCAUCGUCAGCUCGUACACACAUAUAUCAGUACACACAACAUAAUCCUGACUCGUGUUAUACAUCACACAGUUUCUUGCUCGAAGUUUCGACUAGUCCACACCACGACGACCGACUAAAUAUAACCCCUGUAAUACGAUACGGAAUAUCCCGAUAUAGCCGUUUCUAUCGUAGCAUAUUUUUAGAGUCCUACUCCUAACUCUCUUCUCUUCUCCUCUUCUAUAUUCUUUUCCCCUUAGUCUUGCACUCAGAAUCCUCACAACGUACGAACUAGAAAUCUCGCAUAAAAGUAAGACCUGAGUCGAUUAGAAGUCUCAGUUUUCUAUCCGACUGACACCCUAUUUUAAUUCAAGUUAUAAUUAACCAAAAUCUGUGUGUGCUCCGGGGUAAAUUGUGCCGCUGUGCUAAGGACAAGGCAAAACUAUAAUAACAACAAUCACUACUCUAUGAGAAAAUAAUGUGCCACGCAGUGCGGCCAGUUGGCUCUGAACUACGAUGCUCAUGAGCCACGUCGUUCCUCAGUGACAUUAUAAGACAAACAUUAUUUCUGAGAGACUCAAUAACUACUUACUCAUCACUUCAAGCUGCAAAUUCUACACUGUGAGACAAGAUUUUUGGCAGGACAGAAUACUUUAGCUUUAUAAUGAGUGUGUCAGAGAGUGUUAAAAAGUGUGUGGCCAUCCUCAAGAUGGUCACAACCGAUUCAGAAAAAUUUGCUGCACUGUUUAUGGUGACUAAAUUGGUGGAUGGAAAAGACUGCACACCUGCAGCUAAGAAACUACUAUUUGAGGCAAUUGGAGCAAAAUUCUUGCGCAAGUUAUUGUCCAGUGAUGAUGUUCCUGUUGACUGCCCUCCGCAAGUGUACAAAUCUGUAGCUUUGUCCAUUCUAUCCAGUUUCUGCGGAGACCCUGAACUGGCAGCUCAUCCUGACAUGAUUGGACACGUCCCUUCGCUUUUAGGGAUAGUCUCACAGGCUGAUGAUGACGCGCCUGAUGACACACUGAUCAUAGUGAGUGAGGCUUAUUCUUGUCUUCAAAGUAUUGCUCUGUAUCCUCCUGGGCAGAUGGCCCUUCUCGACCAGAAAGCUAUCCCUAAAAUGUGCGAGAUCUAUGCGGAAAAGAGCUUUCAAACAGAUGAAGCAUUGAACAUCCUAGUUACCCUAGCUAAAGCUUUUGGACCGAAUGCUUGGGAUGCGAUAGACACAAAACCCUUUCAUGCCAUUAUAAACAAAAUUGCGUUGGAUUUUGAAACGGAUCAUACAGAGAGGAAAUUUGAGGUAUGUGUUAUUCUCCAAGCACUUUUGUCUUCGUGUAGGAGAGAGACGAUAGAAAAAACUUCUAAGGAUGAGACAUGGCCCUCCUCCAUUCACAAAGCCCUAAGCGACAUACUUGGCUCACGAAUUGGUAAAAAUCAGCGGGAUCCUGCCCUAAAACUCGCUGCUGUAAUGCUAGAACUCUUAGGUGUAGAAUGGGCACUUUCAGAUGAGGAAAAGCCAAAAGUAUUCUUUCUCCUACUGGUCCAGCUUUCAUCAAUUGAAGUCAGAAUGCAAUUAGAAGGAAAGCAACUCAAAGCUGUACUGGGAAAUGCAGAAUUGAUAACAGCCUGUUUUACAAUGCUUGAAAUUUCCCUGACCUACAUCACCAGUGAUCAAUUGGAUCUUGAGCAAAAGGAAAAGCAAUCCUUGUACACAGCAUUGAAAGGUGCUUUUGCUGCAGUAAUUGGUCUCCUCACCUCUGUCUCGAAGAUGAAGGAACUCACAGACAUCAAGGAGCGCUUGUUCGUCUGUGCUAUGGUCAGAGUGCUAGCUGCUUGGUUAGCACAGGAAACCUCAGCAAUGCGUCCACAAAUCUAUUCUGUUUUGCCUUAUGUUUUAACUGUGGCAAAUGACACAUUCUACGCUCACAGGAACAGAAAAUUAGCAGAGAAAUCUAAGGCAGGUGCUAAGUCAGAUGAAGGAAAUUCUUCAGGAGAACCUGUGGUCCACGAUCCUCUUAGUCAGAUUGACAUCCUAAGACUGCUAUUGCCAGCUCUUUGCUAUUUAGCAGUUGAAGAAGAAGCCCGUAAAAUUUUGCUUAAGCACAAACAGGACGAGGUACUUUUUGAGUGCCUAUCGUACCACUGGACAAUUGUUUACUAUAAAAAACCCCCUGUGCCAAGAUCAGAACGUCUGAAGGCACUAAAAGAACCUCCUAAAGAAUUAGAUCCUGAACUUCUGCUGGAAAUGAAAGAUUCAAGAGCUGCUAUGGUCUCCGUAUGCAAUGUCUUGAUGAACAUCACUGUCCUGGAGGCUAAACUUGUUGAGGAAUCUACAACGUUUGUUUCUCUGCUGAAAUUCAUUUUCACUAAUCUUCCUGAACUCAAGCAGAUUCCAGAAAAUCUCGUGCUUCAUGGGCAUCUCGCCAUCCUUGGACUUCUUCUUCUGAAACAACAAGCAAAGCGGGUUAAGAAGAACGAUUUUUCCAUCUGCCGUUACAUUCAAGCAACUAUCAGGUUUCUUUGGGAUGCCUACAUUGUUGAUGAGAGCAAUGAUCCUACAGAACUAGUUGUCUCGAUCGCAUACAAAGAACAUUGGAUGGAAAUAAUGGAGCUCUGGUUCCUCGGAAUGCAGACAAUGGCUGGAGUCCUGCAGCAAAUUCCCUGGCUUUCCGAAUUCGCCAUCGAAUCUGGCUGGGCUGAGGGAAUAAUUGAGACCCUAAAAAAGGUCAAAGUCGGAGGUCUCCAACCCAAUGUAAAAUCUGCUUACGAGGAUCUCCUUUGUCACCUUGUCACUGCAGAUGAUAGUGUUGCAGCUGUAUUGAAAAAAUCUGGGGCUUUAACGGUCUGCAGAAUGCACCGUAUGAUGGAACUUGGAAAACAUCUCUUUGGGGAUUAAAUGACGAUCUUAGAAAGCAACAGUCUCAAGCGACACUACAUUGAACUCACCCUAUGUUCAUGUUCAAUUAUUGCAAAAAUUUUUUUUAUUAUUUUUACUUUGAUUGCUGCAUUAUUUGUCACAUUAUCUAAUCAUUAAACAUCUGAACACUAUAUAUUUGCUUUCAAUUGCUCCAAUGUAUUCUGCAACCAAGAUCAAUUUCUACCUUGAAUGGUGCCCUAUGCCGGGUUUAUAUUUAGCUGGAAUCAGACCCAAGAAUAACUUGACGUCGGCACGCAGCAGCAGUGACAGCGUAGCUUAAGCUAACAUAUUACUUUAGUAAAGGACUCAGAGUAUGUUUCUGUGAAGAAAGAUUCAUUGGUAUAUUUAGAUCAUUCAAUUUAUAUUAGUUUGAGCCAGCUGAGAGGAUACACCAACUCUAUUAACUCUGAAUUUAGCUCCCUGCAGCAAUCUUUUCACUUUUUUAUUUCAUCACGUUGUAGAAUCUUCCUAAUACAUAGUUUGUUGGGUUUCGUACAUUAAUCAGAUAAGUAACUAGGUUCAACCUACUUUGCUUUACUUAUUACAAGUGUAUUAAAUCUGUGUGUGUGUGAAUUUAAAUUACGUGCGUGAGAGACUGAUUAUUAUGUGCCUCUACGGCUGUGUUAUUUUUAUUUUUGUAUAAACCAAAAUUUAUAUAAAAAAAUUAAUUAAACCUCGGACGCUAAAUAAUAUUUAAUGGUAAAAGUAAUGUAGUCAAUUUGCUCUUUGUGUCAUCGUUAAUAUUUGUAACUCUGACUAUAGAGAAUUGAUUAAAUUAAACUAUAAUAAUUUUUUAA